AUGUUGAAGAAAGUUGUUCGCGCUGUUCCUUCUACUACAAGACAGCAAACACUUGCUCGCACCUCUGUUAUUGUUGUUGGUAAUCAUCAUCAUAAUUGUUCUUGUUGUGCUUGUGCAUCAUCUUCCCGUUCAUUCUCGACUAGUACUUUGCAACAAAAUGAAAAACAACCAAGUCAAGAAAUUGAUAUUAGAUCAUCAAACAGAGUUCAAGAUAUAUUAAAUAGUGGACAAUUUAGUGUUAUAGUUCCACCUGUUUCUAUUCCGGAAGAAGGAUUUGAUUUUAAUUCUUUAACAGCAGAAAAAUUACAAGAUAUUAGAGAAAAUCAACGUAUUAAAAAGGCUAUUUUCCACAUUCCUGCUGAAGGAGAAGGAAGAUUGGCUCUUGAAGAAAGAUCAAAAGGAUUGGCUGCUUCUGAUUUGUCUCCAGAAGAAAAUGAAUACAUGGAAGAAAUUCAAAAAGAACAAGAAAAGGCUAGAAGUUUGUUAAAGAAUAUGAUGGAAAAGGAAGGAGUUGAUGAAAAUUUGAAAUCAUCAAUUCAAGCUAUUUUCAACGUUGAACAAAAGUUGAAGAAACAAUCCGGACAACAAAGAACCCUCAAAGUUUUGAAGGAAGCCAAGUUGAAGGGAGUGGAGGAUAUCAAAAGUGUAGUCUCUCAAAUUAAUAAUGAACAAGCUACAGUUUCUAAUCAUACAGCUCGUGGAGAAAUUCUUGGUGGAGGUGAAGCCAUGAAAAGUAUUUAUGAUCCUGGAUACAAUCUUGAAGAUAGGUGGAAGAAUAUUAGAUCUAGAUAUAGUGAAGAAGAAUAUAAGAGAAGUGCUACAUUUUCAGAACUUCUCAAAUAUUUUGUUGCAUUCUCAAUUGCUUCAUUUGUUUGUCUUGGUCUCGCUGUUCCAGGUUUCAAGAAGUAUAUUAUUGGUAUUGAUAAGUCUAAGGCUGCUCUUAAGGAAUAAUUCUUGUUGUGCCGGGAUUAAAAAAGCACAUUUUGAGAUAUUGAACGGAUUUGAAAGAUUUUCUGUAUAAAAGGAUUGCAAAAUUAAAGUU